GCCAUUCAGGGUCUCAUGCGGCUCUCAAUGAGUUGCCCCUGGAGGCGGAAGCCUUGGCGCCGAGGACAAGUUUUUAAAGAGACAUCAUCUCCAUCUCAGCUCUCAGCUAGAGGCCGAUUUUCUCUUCUUCAUAGAUCUCAACGACCAACAGCACAGUAGCAAUGUACUCACACCUACGAGCUACCGGCAGCUCGGUCACUGGCGUUCACAUCGAGGCCCAAGAAGACUUGUCCAUCGUCGAUCGAAUCCUAGAGCCGCAAACCAUUCCUCAUUUCAUGGAAUUCAUGCUCGGGCAGCCACUUCCCGAUGGCACCCGGCCCUCUUCCAUUGGCACUCUAUCACCAGAUGAGCUUCCUUUUGUCCAGCAAAGCCAGCCCUCUGGACCUGAUGGUGAAAGUAUCAUGAACUGCGUCAUGAGCCGAAUCGGCUCAUUGGAAGACGGUAGCCGGCUCUGCCUGGUCGGCAAGAACAUUCAGUUCCUCAAGUCCCGACUAUGGGAAGGCAUCACGCCACUGAGCGAUCAAAGAUGGCAGGAGAAUGGGCUGCAUCUCUCAGAAAACUUUCAUGUAGCCUGUCAGCAUCUUUCGGCGGUUGUGGCGGUAUUUGAAUAUCUCAACACCAAUCAAGUCCGAAACAAUCUCCGCCAGACUUUUAAUCUGAUAUACGAGCACUGGGAAACGCUGGAUACCCUAGUCAACCGGAAGAGAGCGGAAAAGGGCGAGGAACCGAUCAGUGUAGCCAAUAACUGGACCAUAUACAUCGCCAACUCCUACAAGGUGAUGACCCAGAAUGCGCAUAGCUGGGUCACCAGGCACAUUGAUGCUUUACGAGCUCCAUUAUUGCAAGGCAUUUUGAAUCAUCAGCCCCUGGUUGAAGGAAAUGGGGUGGCCGAUGAAACCCAGUGGGACAUCAUGGAUAGACUGCACAUGCUGCUUGAGAUUUCCGUACGUGCAGACUACGGGAUCAUGAUGCCUAUGAACGGCUACAAAGGGUAUACGGCUCCGAAGAAUGGUAGCGGUCCAGCAGAGAUGUACGUUGCAGACUUGACCAAACGUGGCGAGGUAUACUCCAGUCGCUUGAAAUCGCUCAGUCACCAGAUAAUGUAUCAAAGGAUCCUGGGCGGUGCUGCAAGUGGACGCAGACGUAGCGAAACUUCCGGAGAAUCCUAUCACGCGUCGGCGAUGGAUCAGCUUCAAGCCCAGAACCAGGUGCGGCGAGAGCUCCGUGGAGAUUCUCAUGACUCCAUAUCGCAGGAGCCUUGGAUGACCUACCCCUGGGGCGUUGUUCGUCGUGCGGAAAAGAAGAAUGAGCUAAAAAAUUGUGGGUUGGCGAUUUAUCGCCUCACAUAUGAACAAUCCGAGUCCGAGUGGACGGAAUUCGUCAAGAAACUCGAGGCACACAUCUCUGAUUGGGGGUCGGGCCAAUCUGGCAGUGAUCUCCUCAAACCUCAUCUGAAACUUCAUUGGGUAGAUGGAAAGGAGCUCGGCCUUGCUGAAGAUGACAUACAAGCUGCUAGAGAACAUUUCAACAAAUUGAUGGACGACAAGAACAACGAUAAAGAAGGUGGAAUUAACGACAGCCAACGUAAAUUACCCUUGAAACUACAAUCAAAUGCCUUCCUUGCCGUUGACUCCGCCUCCUUCGCAUCUUACACCACCGAUAUUUAUGGAGCGCCAGCCUCCGAGUUCCUUCCAGGUGACUUUGCCGGCUUUGUCCUCGCCAUCGACCCCCAUUUUGGCCCGGAGCAGGGUGCCGGUCGACCAGAUGAGUCACCUGGUUAUAUUGGGCACAUGCGUAUUGUUGGAUGUCUGGUAUGGGGCGAGAUGUAUGCGUUCCUGGAGGCUCAAUCCGCUCUGUUGGAAGACAUGUGGCCACUGGCAAUGUACCAUCCAUAUCAAGUAUAUGUCGGACCAACCGUUCCGCUUCAGGUCUUUAAGUGGCGAGCCCAUAACGCAAUCCGUUGGAACGUUUUGCGCGAGGCACUACAGCUUGCAAAGAGGGCUUUGGGAUUGUGAACUUUCUCGAGGAGCUUAUGAAAAGCUACCAGAGUUUGCAGAGAUGAGAAGCUUGGUGUUCAUAGAGCCGUGUUGUCGAUUUCCCCUAGGAGGCCCCGAGUAGCUUUUAUAGGGCCUGAAAGGACGGUAUCCAUGAUUCCCUGUGGAGACGGAAGAACCUCAAAUAAGGAGUUGUACAAACAAUAAUGCAGUCAUUCGGAAGUAGCACGU